AUGACCCAUAUCACUGAGGCCGCCAAGAAAUCGAUGAUGCUUCGUGAACUUGAGAAGGAUAAAUUUUCUGCUCAAGCUAUUGAGAACUGCAAGGAAUUGAUGGACUAUGCCAUUGACGACCUCAAGAAGUCUUUUGACGAGCUAGAUCAUUGCCGUGAAGAAGCUCCACAGACAACAAGCGAUGAGAACGGCGGCAUCCACAAAGGCAUUCUGCAACGAGAUCUUGAUACUGUCAUCGAUAGACCACUCGAACCUGGUGAUGCUCCACGGUGCUUGGAGAGGAAGAAUUCGUUGGCAUGGGAAGUGAGAGUAGAAGUGGCGAUGCAGACGGCGAUGGCAUUGGAGCACCUUCACUUCUCGGUGGCGUCGGUGAUUGUUCAUGGAGACGUAACAUCAUCGAACAUGUUUGUAGAGAAGGAUAUGAGGCUGCUGGUGUUCACUGACUCAUCGUCGUCGAAGUCUGUUUGGACGGGGCCACAGGGAACGCCGGGAUACUUGGAUCCAGAGUACCACCAGUCGUUCAUGUUGACGGAAAAGAGUGACAUGUACAGCUUCGGGGUGGUAUUGUUAGCAGACAUGGUGCUGUUAAAGAUUCAGGUGGGAGGUGGUGGAUGGCUGCUUAUUACAUGGGCAUUUUAG